AUGGCCAUUUGCAAAUGUACCCCCACGGACGACUGUUGGCCCUCACUCUACAAGUGGCAGGAUCUCAACAGCACUGUUCAUGGACACUUAGUUGUGAACGAACCUCUGGCCAAACCCUGUUACGAUGGGCUUGGCAAGAAUUCAACGGAAUGUCAGAAGAUUAGCAAAGUCUAUCAGGACGCUUCCUUCCGGCAAUCAUCUCCAAUUGGGUUCGCAUACCCUGUCAUUGACACCUGCGCACCGACAAAUAGCUCGAUAGCUGGAAGCCCAGUCUGCGAUUUGGGUAGCGCAUCUAUCUAUAGUGUCAACGCAACCAAGCCUGCCGAUGUUAUAGCUGGCAUCAAAUUUGCUCAGGAGAACAAUGUCCGACUAGUUAUCAAGAACACCGGUCAUGAUGUCAGAGCAAGGUCCCAGGGAUACGGCAGUUUGUCAAUCUGGAUGAAGCAUAUCAAGCCCGAACUCGUGUUCCAAGAAACCUACAAGCCGUCCAGAAGUGCAAUUGUUGUAGGAGCCGGCUAUAUCUGGGACGAAGUAUACACCUUCGCGGCCAAACAUGACCAUAUUGCUGUCGGUGGUUCUGCUAAAACAGUUGGUGCUAUCGGAGGUUACUUGCAAGGAGGUGGUCACGGUCCCGCCAGCCAUGAUUUUGGACUGGCAGCAGACCAGGUUCUCGAAUUCAAGGUUGUGCUUGCGUCAGGCGAGGUCGUCACCGCUAGUGCUUCCGAGUAUGUAGACCUCUUUACUGCUCUCCGUGGUGGUGGUGGCGGCACAUUCGGUGUUGUCGUGGAGGCAACUAUCAAAGUAUAUCCUACACGUCCUGUCCUGAAACAUUCGUUGACUAUCGGGGCACCAAACACCAACAUAUCCGAUCUUGUCAAUGCCACUGUGGAAGUUCUCUCAGAAUACCCCAUCCUUUCAGAUGCAGGAUUCUCUGGGAACGGACAGCUAACUCGAGUACUUGGGAAGAAUUCUGCCUACAGCCACGUUUUCGGCAAGAUGCUUCUAGGGAAUUCUUCUGUUGCCGAUUCAUCUCGCGAAAUUGAAGAGGCAAAGGAAGUGAUGAACAAGAAUGUUGUUGAACUGCUAAGACCUCUCAACGGGACCAAUCUCUCUGUGAUGUCCACUUUUGAGAGGUUUGAUACGUUCCAGGAUUAUUACUCCAGUGUACAGCAUGAGCCACAAGCAGCAAUCAAUCCCUAUCCCGUCAUGGUGUCGCGCUUUUUCGAUAAGAAGUCAUUGGUCAACAAUCGAGAAAAUCUGACGGGCAUGUUCCAAGCAAUAUUACCUGAGAGCGACUCUGAGGUUCAGGCUGUGGCAUCUUUACUGAGCUUCUUUCUUGUCGGUGGUGGAGAAGUUCUAAAGCCCCAGCUCAAUUCGGCUGUCCACCCUGGAUGGCGGAAGACUUACACAUUAAUUGAGAAUUUCGACAUCCCACCUUCUGAUAUUGGGAUUCAAGGACUGCGAAAGGUCAGGGACUAUGCCACAUCGAAAAAGCUCAAGGCGAUGAAGAUGGCUACUCCCGGUUUGGGUGCAUACUUGAAUGAAGCCGAUCCGUAUGACCCAGACUGGAAGGAGGCCUUCUAUGGUAAGCAAUACAACUGGUUGAAGUCAGUCAAGCAGAAGUAUGAUCCUGAUGACACCUUCUGGUGCUACCGAUGCGUUGGCUAUGAGGGCUGGGAGGAGAUCACAGGUCCAACACUUUACGGACCCCUAUGCCAGACCAAAUAA